AUGGAUUCGCGUGAACCACCACAACCUCCUCAUCACCCUCACCCUCACCCUCACGCUCACCACUUUCAGCCACCGUUGAACGCUGUCUUGGUGGGACCCAAUCCGUUCACCAACACUGCUCCGACUACCAUGAUGGCGCCUGCCACUGCUCGAUUCCCUCUCUUCAACAUGAACGCUAACCCUGCUAACCCUCCUCCUCAUUCCGAGCCUUUUACCACCAUUACCACCACCGCCACUGUCAACACCACCGCCAACACUGUUGCUCCUCCCACCUUGGUGCCAUGUGUUGCUGGUUCCUCUGAGUCUUUCAAGAGAAAGAGGGGUCGGCCGAGGAAGUAUUUUCCUGAUGACAGCACUGCUCUGGGAUUGGGCUCGGGUUCGGGCUCUGGUUCGGGUUCAGGGCAGGCUCUUGCUAUGAACUCUCCUGAUUCUUCAACUGCCAAGAAGAGUAAGAAGGGGAGAGGAAGGCCCCGUGGCUCUGUUAAAAAGAAGCUUGGAGAUAAUGGCUCUGCUUUCCGUCCUCAUGUGAUCAUGGUGAAUCAUGGAGAGGACAUUUCUGAAAAAGUUAUGGCCUUUAGUCAAGAAAAAGCGGGACCUGAUACAGAGGUGUGCAUUGUUUCUGCUGAAGGUUUGAUUGGCACUGUUGCCUUUCAUCAGGCGGGGAGCAUUGUGGUUUUUGAGGGCCAAUUUGAAAUUAUAUCCCUGUCAGGCCAGUCAGUAGAAUCUGACGAUGGCAGUGGCCUUAAAAGAAUGAGUAACUUGAAGGUUUCUGUAGGGGGUCCUGAUUCACGCCUUUUGGGAGGUGUAGUUGCUGAUAAGCUUGUUGCGGCAUCGACCGUAAAGGUCAUAAUGGCCUGUUUUACUUUGGAUGGCAAAAAGACUAGCUCAAACAACCAGAAAUCUGGGCCGUCUUCAACCCCACCAUCCCAUUUUGCUGCUUCUGGGACUCCAACUAGCCCUACAUCUCGAGGGCCUUCAUCCGAGUCCUCUGGCGACCAUGAGAAUAGUCCUUUUACUCAGGGACCUGGAAUUUACAACAAUGCAAGUCAGGUAGAUCAAAACAUGAUGUUCCACCACCAGCAAAUCUGGGCUCGCCAAACUCAGCAGUGA